AUGGAUCAUUCUCCUCCUCCUUUCUCCCUCUCUUGUUCUCUCUCUCACUGUCUGUCUGUCUGUCUGUCUGUCUCUCUCUCUCUCUGUCUCUAUCUGUCUCUUUCUUAUAGUAUUCUUGUUUGUAUUUUUGUUGUUGUCGUUGUUGCUUUUGUUCUUCUUCUUCUCCUUGUUCUACUUUCCUCCUCCUCCUCCUCCUUCUUCUACUUUCCUUCUUCCACUUUCUUUCUUCCUUUUCUUUUUCUUCUUCUUCUUCUACUUUCCUUCUUCUUCUUCUUCUUCUUCUACUUUCCAUCUUCCUUUUCUUCUUCUUCUUCUUCUACUUUCCUUCUUUCUCUUCUUCUUCUUCUUCUGCUACUACUUUCCUUCUCCCUCUUCUUCUUCUUCUUCUACUUUCCUUCUUCCUCUGCUUCUUCUUCUUCUAGUACUUUCCAUCUUCCUCUUCUUCUUCUUCUACUUUCCUUCUUCCUUUUCUUCUUCUUAUUUUUCUUCUUUUUCUUCUUCGUCUUCUACUUUCCUUCUUCUUCUCUUCUACGUCGUCGUACACCCAAUUUUUCUUCUUCUUCUAUUUCCUUCUUCCUUUUCUUCUUCUUCUUCUUCUUCUUCUUCUUCUUCUUCUUCUUCUUCUUCUUCUCUUAUAUUUUCUUUCUUUCUGUCUUUGUUUAUUCCUUUUUCUCUACUUAUUGUUUUUCUUUAAUACUUCUCCAUUCUUUCUUUCUUUUUUAUUUCUUUCUUUCUCCUUUCUUUCUUCUUUCUUUCUUUUUUCUUUCUUGCUUUCUUUUCACUUUGUUUCUAGUUGUUUCCUGUCAUAGCUUUUCCUUCGUUCCUUUCUUUCUAGUUGUUCCUAGUCGUAGCUUCUUUCUUUCUUUCUUUCUUUCUUUCUUUCUUUCUUUCUUCUAUCAUUUUCUCGUAUUUCUUCACCUUUUCCUAUUUUUUCCGUUUUAA